AUGUGCAAAGUUAAAGGAGAUGGCAGCCUGGUCCUCGACAGACAUUCGUUUGAAGUAGUCAAGUCUCUCGAGUUAUUGUCAUGUGUUCUUGGUUGGCAGUGGACUCUAAAUGAACUCAUUGUCAACAACAUUUGGCAAAUAUUAAAGUCAUGGGCUGACAAGGAAACAAGGGAUGAACCAACAACGAAUGGAUCGCACCCACAAGCGGCCUACAUCAGCGAGGAGAACAAUGUGUCAGCUUGCUGUUGCCGUAAUCUCAAUGUUUCUAGCGCGGUUUCAAGUGUUACCGUUUUAACAGAAAAGGGAACAAGUGAAAGAAGCGGCUUUACAACUGCGGCAGAAACAAAAGAAAAAAGGAAUUCGGUGGGAGGUGAAGAGGUACCGGAGAUUUGCUCCAAGUGUGGUAAACUGACGGCAAGCGGGCUCCCAGAAUCUCAGGCUGUUCUGUGCAUUCAACUCUUAGGUGUUUUGUGUAGGAUUGCCAUUGAUAAUGGACAGACCCCAGUACGUGAAAUAACCGACAUGGUUUGUGGGCUGAUGGAAGAUUCCUCACCAACCUCCAAAACUAAAGUGACCCACGCCAUUCAGCUGGCUUCAGCAGUUUCUCUUCUUGACAUGUCACCAUGGCAACCAGAAAGAGUAGCCGCGGUUCUCGGCAAGUGGGUCGCAGCUUUGAAGGAGUCAGGCUCUCUGCAGGUUCCCGCGUACGUGGCGCAAGGCUUGGUCUGUCUAAAGAGCUUUUUGAGGAUAAAUCAAACUUAGAAUGGCAAAAAACGCCUUUAGGAUUGGUUCGUGACCCGCGAGGGUGAUUGUUGCAGUUAUAGGCAUUUCGAAUUGUCUGAACGUGUAGUCGGGCGUUGAGCGCGAAGUCCGUUACUGACGUUGUUCUGCAGUACCACAUACAUGUAUUCUAACCUUGAUCAAACUCAGUCGCGAAUCUUGGGCUCUACGUUUUUUUUAAAAUUUUUUUUCAUUUUUAUUUUUUGAAGCACUAAUGAUCUUGGAGGACGUUUUCGAGAUCAAGCUAAUUACAAACUUAAGUUGAUACAGUAGUGGACUUGAAAAGGUCAUCUACCUUUGUCAGCUAGGAAUUAAUAAUUAGCUAAGUGUUUCACGAGUCCGCCGACGCAACAAACCAGUUUCCGGUUGUAGAAGCUAAUAGCUUUGUUCAUUCGUUGAUGGUAACUUCAAGUUUUGUCCGAAACCUUCUAUCAUUGAGCUUCCUGCGAAGAAGCCACGAAAUUAUGUUCCAUUAUUUCAUGAAACGCUAUAUCUGGAUCGCUCUUGAAAUGAAAUGCGUUGUAGUAAGAUGCGUGGAACGGAACUAGCAGCGUGCAGCGUGCAGCGUGCAGUAGGUGUAUCGAAUGUUUCUGAUUAGUUAGGUUUGUCAAUAUUUAGCAACGUGUCAAAAUAAUUAAACUAAAUAAAUCUAAAUACAAAUGA